AUGCUUUCUUCUUUAAUAAAUAUUGAACAGCAAUUGAAAUGCGAUAUUUGUUCCUUUGUAUUCAAUCAAUGUACUGCAAUUGAAGAAUGCGGACAUCGCUUUUGUUUAGAAUGCAUCACUGAGAAACUACGCCAAACUUCAGAAUGUCCUAUUUGUAAAGUGCCUACACAAUCAAAUGAUCUGCACAGAGAUUACUUGCAGGAUAAUCUAGUAGAUUAUCUUGAUCAAUUAAAAAAGCUUUCACUCAACCACACGCUCACUCCACUUGAACUCUCAUAUCAGACAAGAAGCGAAACCGAAGAGGAGCCUAGUUUGACCGAUCUGAUAGGAAAGCGAAAAAAGUCCCCUGAUUCUUCUCCACGUAAAAGACAGGCUACAGACCAAGAUAUUGACGCGCUUUUGGAGAGCGUAGUAAAAGAGAAUCCAGUACAAGAACACGAUGUCUUGGUCGAUAAAGGUGACGAUGCAAAGGAUCAGACUAAAAAUGAAGCAAACAACAGUGACACACAAUGGCAGUGUUCUGAUUGCCAGUUUGAUAACCCUAUCUACGUGCAGACAUGUGGUGUUUGUCGAAAGCCCAAGAAUAUGCCUGUCAUCCAGAGCACGAGAACACAUUCUGUACCAAAUGCUGCAAGUGUCAAUAAGGACCUUGAAGCACAGAGUUAUAUGCCAACAGUGGCUGCUGACAAUGAACCAGAGAGUGCUACUAUAGCACCUGACAAGGCUCAGAGUACAGAAAAUAAUAAGCGAAAAGAGGCUCAUGUUAUGUAUACAGGUCUAUCAUCUGAAGAUGAAGAGACGCUCAGCAAGCUGGUCAAUAACAAAAGGGAUACAAAAUUGAAAAUCUUUGUUCAUUUUAAAAUGAGAGAUUUUCAUGACGUGACGCACAUCAUUACAAGCGUAGACAAUAAAAGGCUAUGUAAAAGAACAUUCAAGUACCUUCAGGGUGUUCUUGAGGGGAAAUGGAUAGUGACACCUGCAUGGUUGAUUGAUAGUAUACAUGCAGAUCGAUGGUUGCCUGAAGAUACUUAUGAGGUUAAAGGAGAUCAUGUGACAGGAAUAACGCAAGCUCCAAUUAAAGGAAGAGAGAGAGUUCAACAAGAUAAAGAGCCGCUCUUUAAUGGAAUGAAAUUUUACUUCUUCGGUGAUUUUACGGGAAAGCACAACAAGAAUGAUUUACUUUUGCUCUGUCGAGCAGGAGGAGGAAAGAUAUUGAACCGUAAACCAAACGGACUGGGACAACGUGUAGAUCCUGAUAUUGACCCAUUAGACCGUAAUGAACCCAUUGUAAUUAUGUGUACAGGCAAAAAGAAAUCAACCAAUCAAUGGCUUUAUGAAUCCCAAGUAAGAGAUCCAUCAUGGAUUAUCGAAUGUAUAAGCAAACUAUCGAUUGUUUAA